AUGGGUCAAGGUCAUGGAAAAGCAGGUGCAGACUUUAAUGAAGAAGUUAAUUUGAACCAGUUUGAACUUCUUCGAGUAGUCGGAAAAGGUGCCUUUGGGAAGGUACGAAUAGUAAAACGUCGUGAUAACAACAAGCUAUAUGCACUCAAAUACAUAUCAAAAGAAGAAUGCAUCCGAAUAGAUGCAGAACGGAAUAUACUUAGAGAACGUUCCAUGUUGGAAGAAUUGGAUCACCCGCUCGUAUGUAAUUUGCGAUUUGCUUUUCAAGAUGAAGAUUAUAUGUACAUGGUCAUGGAUUUAAUGAUAGGCGGCGAUUUACGAUUUCACUUGAAUCGAAAGGCAUUUACUGAAGAUGCUAUUCGCUUCUGGAUAGCUGAACUAGCCUGUGCCAUAAGAUAUCUCCAUUCUAAGAACGUUGUUCACAGAGACAUAAAACCAGAUAAUGUCUUACUGGAUGAGAAAGGGCAUGUACAUUUGACAGAUUUCAAUAUCGCUACUCAUAUACGCCCGGAUAAGAAUUUGACUUCUCGUUCAGGAACAUGUGCAUAUAUGGCACCAGAAGUUUUCAAGAGUAGUGGGUAUGGGACAACCGUCGAUUGGUGGUCUUUGGGCAUUUUGUUUUACGAAUGUGUGUACGGAAAGCGCCCAUUCGAGAGUAAUAAUCAAGAAGAUUUAAAAAAGAUGAUAGUGAGAGCACCUAUAAAUUAUCCAGAUAUGGAUCCGCCUGUUAGUCCAGCUUGUAUUUCGGCAAUACAAGGUUUCCUCGAACGCGACACCUCUCGACGGUUAGGUUGUGGUCCGAACGGCUUUGCACUAAUUCAAUACCAUCCAUUUUUUCGGCCACUCGAUUUUUCCCUUCUCGAAUACAAAUCCCUCGAUCCAAUUUUCUGCCCACCACCAGAUAAAGUAAAUUUCGACGCAACGCUCGAUCUAGAAGAAAUUCUCCUCGAAGAGGAGCCUCUGGAAGCGCGAAGAGGAAGAAGACAUAAAAGACAUAGGGACCCGGGACAGGAAGCACGAUAUUUACAUAUUGAGGAAAAGUUCAAAACGUUUGAUUAUAUGGUUUUUGAGAGAUAUAAGGGAUGGAUUGAUCCCGUUACAAGAUGCGUAGGGGAUCCGCCGGAAUGGGUCAAGCCAGCUGCGGUGGAGUUGGAGAAUCAGAGAGAGAGAGCAAGUCAGGAACAACUUGUUGGAUCGCGACGUGGAAGUCUUGGAGGGAGUGCUACGAAUGUUGUGAUUGGAAAUGGAUUCAGCGGAAUUGCUGGAGUUG